AUGCUGGCAGCUCCGGGUGUGCACCUGGGGGUGGGUUCCGAGGCCAGGAAGUGAGUGGUGCUGACAACUGGCUCAGGGCCUCCCACAGUGGAGCAGGUGCUGGAGGAUGGGUGGGAGACUCCUGCCAAGGACCCCAUUUUCACCAUCCUGGUCCCAGAAGCCUCCCCAGGCUUCUCCAGGAGGGCAGAGGACACUGAGGCCCGGCUGGAGCAGCUCUCCCACCAGAGGCUGGCCUACAUGGCCAUGAAUCCGCAGCUGCAGGAAGUGCACGAUGGGCUGGGGCAGAAGUGUGACGACCUGCGGCAAGCUGGUGAGGAGUCAGAGCAGGAUGUGGGCCUGAAGCAGGUGGCACUGCCAGGGGCCGUGGCCACCUCCUUGGGCUGCCUUGGCCCACCUGCUUGCCUGAGCACAUGCCCCCUGGGCAGGGUGUGCCAUAGGCUUGUGGGAACCUUCAGUCCUCAAACCACACCUGACCUGGUGCACCUCAGACAUGGGCCCCUGGGUCCCCAAAACAGGUUCCAGGCUCUCUGUUCCGGGCCUAUGCAUGCCCUGGUACCCGGAGACCACAGGGGACAGAGUCUGUGUGGGGUGUGA